CAGCAGACUCAUUACUGAUUGGAUUUCAUGAACACAAAUUCCUGAACUUUUUUUAGCCUCUCUGCUUUCCACCAUGGACCAGGAUUACGAGAGACGUCUCCUGCGCCAAAUCAACAUACAGAAUGAAAACACAAUGCCUUGUGUAGCAGAGAUGAGAAGAACCCUGACACCUUCCAAUUCUCCGAUGUCUUCUCCUAGUAAACACGGUGACAGAUUCAUUCCAUCAAGAGCUGGAGCCAACUGGAGCAUCAACUUCCACAGAAUAAAUGAAAAUGAAAAAUCACCAAGUCAAAACAGAAAAGCAAAGGAUGCUACAUCGGACAAUGGCAAAGAUGGCCUUGCUUACUCUGCCUUGCUGAAGAAUGAACUCUUAGGAGCAGGGAUCGAGAAAGUGCAGGACCCCCAGACAGAAGACAGGAGACUGCAGCCAUCCACUCCAGAGAAGAAGUCUCUCUUCACUUAUUCGCUCAGCACAAAACGCUCCAGUCCAGAUGAUGGCAACGAGGUCUCGCCGUAUUCCCUGUCUCCUGUCAGCAACAAAAGUCAGAAGCUGCUAAGAUCACCUCGAAAACCAACUCGGAAAAUCUCAAAGAUUCCUUUCAAAGUGCUGGAUGCCCCAGAGCUGCAGGACGACUUCUACCUGAACCUAGUGGACUGGUCCUCUCUUAAUGUCCUCAGCGUUGGCCUUGGGACUUGUGUUUACCUGUGGAGUGCUUGUACUAGCCAGGUAACCCGACUGUGUGAUCUCUCUGUGGAAGGAGAUUCUGUAACAUCUGUGGGCUGGUCAGAACGGGUCAGUAUAACAUUGUCAACAAUGGCAG